AUGGGUGUGCUCGGUCUCGACGAAUCUCGUAAACAUUUUGCACGUGUGAGAGCCUCUAUCGACGACAGAUGCAAGAAAUUCCGACAGCCUCUUUCUGAAGAACAACUUAACAAUUUGUACAAACGCGUCAUCGUAGACGACAAUCACAAAGUUAUCUACUGUCCCGUUUGGAAGUCAGGCUCGACCUCUUGGAGAGCAGUCAUGCAAGUACUGAAAAGCUCGUUCACAACUAUCGGCGAUGCGGUCAAAUCGGUUCAUUUUCUCAGUGGACUGAAGACAUUAAAAUCGUACAAGAACAGAUCAGAAAUCGAAUACAGACUUAGAACGUACACAAAGUUUAUGGCUUACAGAAAGCCACUCGAUCGUUUCGCAGCAGACUAUUUGAUGUUACGAAAGAGAAAUGAAGGUCACGACCGACAUAGUACCAGAAUAGUAAAGUACGCUGACUCUGUGAGAGGACAUAGCGAUCCCAAACAUCCGUGGCAAAACAUGAGUAUCUGGGAUUUUGCCACGUUUGUGUCUCGUUUCGGCAACGACACGACGAAAACUGCUAAGUUAAAUUAUCAGUGGAUGCCACAGAACCUGGCGUGUUAUCCGUGUCACAUUCACUACGAUUAUUACAUCGAUAUGGAGAGUUCAACCGUCGACAGAGACAGUCGCUACCUCUUGAUGAUAAUAGGUGCGCCGCAUUGGCUAAAGAUGCCUCACGUCAAUCCUACGAAAAAAGACAAAACUCCGUAUUUAUCUCAACUUCCUGAGGCAUCCUACAAUAGCCUUCUGUCUGUUUACUACAAUGAUUACGAGAUUUUUGGUUAUGAGAAACCAGAACGGAGUAGAAUGAAACAGUAA